AUGGAGAAGCAGAUGGUAGUGAUGGUCUUGAGGGUUUUGUUCUCUGCCACUCUAUUGCUGGAGGAACAGGCUCAGGUUGCAGGGUCAGUGACAGAGCUCCUUCGGGUCUCAAGAUCUGCUACACGAACAACGCACAUUAGUCCCGUUACCAAUCGUUCCUCAUCAAUGUCUGGACGGCCACUCUACGAUGUGUUCCUGAGUUUUAGAGGGCGGGACACGCGCAAGAAAUUCACAGAUUGCCUGUACAAUGCAUUGAGUGGUGCUGGGAUUCGUGUCUUUAGGGACAAGGAAGAGAUGGAGACAGGCGAAGAAAUCAACGAACUGCUGAUGGAGGCAAUCAAGCAGUCCAAGAUAUCAAUACCGGUCAUCUCCAAGAACUAUGCUAACAGCAAGAGCUGCCUCAGGGAAUUGGCGCAAAUGUUGGAGUGCAAGGAGGAGAUGAAUCACAUCAUAAUCCCCAUCUUCUACUACGUUAGCCCAUCAAAUGUACACAACUGCGAGGGCCCUUUCAAGGACCUGGCAGGGCUCAAGAAGCGCGGCAUAGAUGGCACAUUGGUCAAUUCCUGGAAGACUGCUCUCGGUAAGAUCGGACAGUUGAAAGGAUACCAUCUCGACAAAAAAAGUGCAGGGUCUGAUGGCAACGUCAUAAAGCAAAUUGUCGACCAAGUCCAGCGGAAGCUGAAGAAGAAGGACCUAAUUGUGACGAAACAAUUAGUCGAAGUCGCUCCUCAUGUGCAAAACAUAAUGGCAAAGCUGAAGGUUGGCUACCACAAUGGGCAAGCGGUUAAAAUUGGGAACACACGUGAAAUGGUGUUAGUACAUGGCAUAUCCGGGGUUGGUAAGACUGUCCUGGCGAAAUGCAUUUAUAAUAAACUUCACCAUCUGUAUGAUGCCUGUAGCUUUCUUGAGAAUAUCCAAGCCGAUAUUGAACGUAACGGCAUCGUGUCUGUGCAAAACAAACUAAUUUACGACCUCCAUAAAGGAAAUGCCCAAAAGUUUCGUGGUUCUAACGAUGCUCUAACUCAUAUUAAGUACCGACUUUGCAACAUGAAGGUCCUCGUUCUCCUUGACGAUGUAAAAGAUCGUGUACAGCUCAGGGAAUUAGUCGGAGAGCCUGAUUGGUUUGGCCUGGGGAGCAGGGUCAUUGUGACAUCCCAAAGAGGUGACCUUCUUGAAAACAUCAGUGGGGCGGAAAGUUUUGCCCAUGGACCGAUGGAGCAAGAUGAAGCUCUGAAAUUAUUCUGUAGGCAUGCUUUUGGAACGGAUUCUCCCCAUAAGAAAUUCAAAAAACUGUCGAGAGACAUCGUUACAGCUACUCACGGGCUUCCUUUAACGCUCGAGCUGGUGGGUUCAUAUCUGAACCGUGCCAAAAAAAAAAUGUGGCAGGAAACAUUAGAAGCAUUGGAUAAAGCUUCUCAUUAUAGUGUCCGAGGAGCUUUGGAGAAGAGCUAUAACAACCUAAAUGCGAAUGAACGGCAGAUAUUUCUUGAUAUAGCAUGCUUCUUCACCGGAAAGGACAAGAGAAUCCCCUCUUACAUGUGGGAUGACUUUAAGUAUUUUCCUGCUAGGUCGAUUCGAGCUCUUCAAACCCGGUCUUUGGUAGAAAUUGGAGAGAACAAAGAACUAUGCAUGCAUGAAAUACUGAAGAACUUUGGCCGGGAAAUUGUCAAGAAAGAAAACAAGAAACCUUGCAAGCGCAGUAGGCUGUGUGACCACAAUGAAGCACUGAAAGUAUUACAAACAAGGAAGGGUACUAAUAAAGUUCAAGGCCUCAGGCUCGAGUUUGGUGACGGAUCCAACGGGAAUAUCAGUUUCGAAUGCGAUCAAUAUGAUGGUUUACAGAACUUGAGGUUCCUCAAGCUGGAUUGGGCUAAUAUUUGGGGAGACUUUGAGGAUCGUCUUUUGAGCUUAAGGUGGCUUGAUUGGCAGGGUUGCCCUAAGAGUUUUGACGUUCAAUCGCUAAAUCUGAAUUUGCAAAACUUGGUGAUUCUUGAUUUGUCGCGGAGUCAGGUUGACAAAGACUGGAGAGGUUGGAAGCUGCUACUUGAGGAGGUGUGGAAUGAAUUUACUAUCUUCAUACAUGUUUUCUUUUGA